AUUAGUACUGCAAAGAAAAUCUGAUGCGGCCUCUGCAGACUGUCCCAAGCAGAUUAAUUUCCCAGCUGUAUUGUCCCCGGAAGCCUCCGGCCUCGUUGCAAACCAAGAUUUGCCUGACAAUGGCUCGUCCAAGUUCAAAUAUGGCAGAUUUUCGGAAUUUUUUUGCAAAAGCCAAGCAUAUAGUCAUCAUUUCAGGAGCUGGUGUUAGUGCAGAAAGUGGGGUGCCGACUUUCAGAGGAGCUGGAGGCUAUUGGAGAAAAUGGCAAGCUCAGGACCUGGCCACUCCUCAGGCCUUUGCCCGCAACCCAUCCCGGGUGUGGGAGUUCUACCACUACCGGCGGGAGGUCAUGCGGAGCAAGGAGCCCAACCGCGGGCACCUUGCCAUUGCCGAAUGUGAGGCCCGGCUGGGUACACAGGGCCGACAGGUCGUGGUCAUCACCCAGAACAUUGACGAGCUGCACCGCAGGGCUGGCACCAAGAACCUUCUGGAAAUCCAUGGUAGCUUAUUCAAAACUCGAUGUACCUCUUGUGGAGUUGUGGCUGAGAAUUACAAGAGUCCAAUUUGUCCAGCUUUAUCAGGAAAAGGUGCUCCAGAACCUGAAACACAAGAUGCCAGAAUCCCAGUCGAGAAACUUCCUCGGUGUGAAGAGGCAGGAUGCGGGGGCUUGCUGCGACCUCACGUUGUGUGGUUUGGAGAAAACCUGGAUCCUGCCAUUCUGGAGGAGGUUGACAGAGAGCUCACCCUCUGUGACUUAUGUCUAGUGGUGGGAACUUCCUCUGUGGUCUACCCGGCCGCCAUGUUUGCCCCCCAGGUGGCUGCCAGGGGGGUGCCGGUGGCCGAAUUUAACAUGGAGACCACCCCAGCCACGAACAGAUUCAGGUUUCACUUCCAGGGACCUUGUGGCACAACUCUUCCUGAGGCCCUUGCCCGUCAUGAAACUGAAACUUCUUAAGUGUCUUGGAGAAGGAAGAAAUUAUGGUAUAUUUAAGAACUAGAUGACAAACGGUUGCCCAGAGGAAAAAUGGUCUUGUGGAUGGUGAGCUGUAUUGGAAGAUCUAAAAAUAUUUUCUGAUUACCUGGCUGGAAUCAAACCUGUUGAUAAGUGAUGGGGCUUGGAAGUAGCCACAGCAAGUGUUACUGGAAGUCAGAGGACUGCACAGUUAAUGCAUGUUGUUUGGUUGAACUGAAACAUACGAUACUUUGGUAUGGCUGGUUGGUAAUUGGGAGGGCAAAAUUUUUGUAACUGUAUUAUGUAAAAAAAAAAAGUACUUAUCUUGAUUAUAUUUUUGCUAUUCGGGCAAAGAUAAAAAUUGAGGGGUAAAACCCUGCUAUUUCAUUCUGAUUUUUGCACAAGUUUUGGUGGAAAAUAAAAUUCCUCUCUAUAGUAGGUAAUUAUUGUAUAAAGAUGUUACACCAAGA